GGUGACUGUACUGAGAGAGGCGCACUUCAGCACUAACGUCGUACUUACUUAUUUGCUACUUUCUUUGGACGGAAAAACCUGAGUGAUAAGAGCAAAAUGCCCGACCUGAUGCACCCCUGUCUGGUUGCUGAGAAGGGAAAACACAAGAAGAAGAGGCUGAUGCAGAGCCCCAACUCCUACUUCAUGGAUGUUAAAUGCAUGGGCUGCUACAGGAUCACCACCAUCUUCAGCCAUGCUCAGACAGUGGUGCCUUGUUCUGGCUGCUCUCUAAUCCUCUGCCAGCCAGGAGGGGGCAAAUGCAGACUAACUGAAGGAUGUGCCUUCAGAAAGAAAUAUACCUGAGCGGAAAUGUGCCAAAAUACCCAUGACGAGGAGCAGCAGGGAUCACAGAUAAAUGAGUGAGAGCCUCACGGUCCUGGAUGUUGAUUGUACCCUCCAAAGCAUAUUCUUAGUAGGGAAAUCCCCUCUGCAUCUGGAUAAUGUGGAGUUACAUCUCACCCCUCCAUUGGGGUUUUAAAAAAAGGGCAGAACAGGAAUGGCGCUAUGUGAGU